UUUUUUUCUCCCGCCAAGAACAAGAAGGCAAGAAGCUAAUCAGCACGUAAACCUAAAUUAUUUUUGGGCCCCAUAAUUUUCACUCCUUCACCCUACACCAAGUUUCCUGUUAAAGUUUGAAUUUUGAAUCCCCUUUUUCGCCUACUACUCGCAUCAUUCCUGUUUCCUGCAUGAUCAUCUGAAACAAAAGUAACCUGCAAAAUUCCGAUACUGACACUUAUUCAAAGUUUUUAGUACUCACUUGGAAGAAAAGGGUUUGUUUUUAAUUUUGGUGGUUGCAGUUUGACAGAAAUGGAGGAUGAAAAAGAUGCAUUCUACGUGGUCAGGAAAGGCGAUAUCAUCGGAAUAUAUACAAGUUUCUCAGAUUGUCAAGCUCAAGCUGGUUUCUCUCCACUAGACCCUUCUAUAUCAGUAUACAAAGGAUAUGGCUUGUCUAAGGAGACAGAAUCGUACCUUUUGUCACGUGGGCUUCAGCAAGCAGGUUUCUCCAUUAGUGCAUGUGACUUGCAGGAUGGACUUUUUGGUUGUCUCUCUAUUUGCCCUUUUCAGGAUGUUGGUGAACCAAGCUGCUCCACCCUGAAUCCUUCAAGAAAAAAUGUCAAGUUAGAGAAUUAUGUAGAAGCUCAAGCCUCUGUUGGUCCUGCUUCUGUUGCUAUUCCAGCUCCUAAUGGGAGGAUCCAGAAGCAGGUUGAUACUGGAUUGAAUGUAUUCCAAGCGAGUCAUCAACAGAAUUCUUGUGAGCUGAAGAACAAUAUAAGGCCCGUUAACCUGGUUCGUCCUGCAUGUGUUCCCGCUGAAUCAAUUUCAUUCUCGCCAAAACUUCAGAAGAAAAUUAGUGACCUGAGGAAUUACCAAGAGCUAGUCCCCUCUACCAGUAAAUCUUGUACAAUUGAAUUUGAUGGAGCUUCAAAAGGAAAUCCUGGACAAGCUGGUGCCGGAGCUGUUAUGCGUGCUGUAGAUGGAGGAAAUGAGGUUUGGCUUUUGCGAGAAGGUGUUGGGGUUGCUUCUAAUAAUGUCGCUGAGUAUCGAGCAGUGAUAUUAGGUCUGAGAACAGCUCUCCAAAAAGGAUUCAAGCAUGUUAAAGUUCGAGGAGACUCUCUGCUGGUUUGCAAUCAGAUCCAGGGUAUAUGGAAAUGCAAACAUGAGAACAUGGCCAAGCUGUGCAAGGAUGCAUUGCUCCUGAAGAAACAGUUUCUGUCGUUUACUAUUGAGCAUGUUCCUAGGGAGUUCAAUUCUGCUGCCGAUGCUCAAGCAAAUCGAGCCAUUAAUCUGAGAGGCGGAGAAUUCGUUGUAGGCGACUUUUAAGGUUGUGAAAGUGGCCACCCAGUUUGUCUACACAAGAGGCAGGAACUAGUAACUCUACGCAAAGCAUAAACAUUGCGUCGUUAAAUCUGUCUACACCACCUAAACGAAGUACAAACAUCACCCCAUGCGAAGAACAUGAGUUCACUCGAGUUAUUCCAGCAGAAUUAAUUCCUAAAGUUUGGUAGAUUUUUGACAGUCUUAAAGAUGCAACAGACUUUUAUAAUAUAUAUGAUGUAGCAUGUGUGUUUGAUACUAGAAUGUCUACCGAGACUCGAGCAAAGGAUGAGACUAUUGUAUUCAAAUACAUUUUGUGUAACAAGCAAGGAGUGAAGGCAGUGGCUGCAUCAAAUCAAAUGUGGUCUAUAAUAUUGUUGCUUAGUAGAUUAAUUGGUCAAGCAAUUUUUUAUCCAUCAAUUUAUAUAAUUUAAUAGUUGUUGUGACUAAGCAUUUUGAAAUGGAAGAAUUGGUGUGAUUGUGAAAUUGCAGAUUUAUAAUUA